CCAGCACUGCGGUGAUCAAUUCGCUAGAAGUGACCUCCUCUCUCGACACGUCAACAAAUGUCACGCAAACGAAAAACCUCCAACAACAUCAGCGCCUAACCAACGGCGGAAAGGCUCUGCAGCGGCCUGCCGCGCCACGACAUCCAAGCAAGCCUGCGACCAGUGCGUCCAGUCGUCGCUACCUUGCGACGGCGCGAACCCGUGCUCGAAAUGCGUGCAGCGCAAGUGCCGUUGCACCUACGUGAAAUUCCACAGGCAAACCGCCCCUGUCGGCCCUGGACACCAGAUCCGCCACGAGCCUGGCGAUGUCCUAGGCGUCGGCGUGCCUGGUAUGGCGGGUGCCUUUGGGUUCGACCCGUUGACUGGGGCCCCGCGAUAUCAGGACGACUUUUACCUGAACCCCGCGCCGGGGACUGGCCUGGCGAACCCCAACGUCAUGUUGCCCUCUAUGUCUCUCGACCAGCUAUACGGUCAGCAGGCCCCAGCCACGGUGACGCAGCAAUUCACAUUCCCACCUCUUUAUCCAGCUGGAGCCGGGGCCGCUGCAGGCGCCGCUCCUGAUUACGACGCGGCUGCCCCGAAUGGCGCAGCCGGACUCGACUACAUCAUGCGCUAUCGUGCACAAGCCGAUCUGCUACGAAGAGCUGGCGUGCCAGUUCCCCCACCCGCUGGCUCACUCCCCGCAAACGGAGGGGGAGUCAUGCCUGGACUUUACGCCGACAAUACCUCGACGAACCCGGCUCGCUUCUCUCUCUCGACCGCGGCAUGGCCGCAGCACUCGUCCAGCCAGCCGGACCUGCAGGCGUAUGCACAGAAUGCGGACCUCGGGUCGCGGCGGCACCACUACGAGAACGGGUCGACCACGAGCCUGGCGGGGAGCGACAGUCGGCACUCUCUGUAUUCGUCCACCAGCUCGACGAGCUCGAGGCAUCAAGACCACGGGUCGAACAGCGUGUCCCCCGUCCCGCCACCGCAGAUGGGCUACGCGAACAACCAGUACGCGCAGCAACAGGCGGCGAGACCCGUGUCGCAGCAGUCCGCGCAUCCGGGCUCGGUCGCGUCGCUGCUGAACAACAUGAGCACUCACCGGGAUAGACGACACUCGAUCGCGACGAGCCAUAGCGGGGACUACGACUCUACGUACGACUAUGAGAGCACGAGCUCGCACGGCCGCGAAGGCUCCGUUCCGUCGUCUUCCGACCACGAAUACUCGAACCGCGCUCCCUCGGUGAACAGCCAUCACUCCUCGGCGCAUCACUCACACUCUAGUUCCAUCAGCAAUAGCGUCGACGGAGAACGUGGGCAGCAACACGAAGGCGAGGGGGGGUUCUCCAGUGCGUUCGGGAUGAUGAGUCUGGAUGAUCCGAACGUCCUCGCCGGACUUAGCAACGACGCGCCGCCGUUCUUCAGCGGGGAAAGCAUGAACGGGAUUAUAAAUAACUCGCAGGGCCAGGGAGGUGAGAACGAGCCAACACCGGGCGCGAGCAUGAAGACACCGAGCACGCGCGAGGUGGAGACGAGGGAGUUGCGGGACUUCUGGAAGCAGUACAUGCGCACGCCGCUGAGCUCUACCGGCGGCAGCGGGUGGACGCCUAUCUUUGGCGGUGAUGGCGGCGGGUUGUUGGGCCGGCCGAGCCCGCCGAAGAGGGGCCUGAGUCGCGUGGCUAGUUUGCCGAGCGUGAAGACGCCCACCGGGCUCGGGGACGUGAACCGCACACUACUGCAGCCUCUCGUCGUUCCUGGACAGGAUGGGGAGCAGGGACAGACGAGGACGGCUUUGCACUUUGCUGAUAGGGAUGAUCUUAAGAGUUACGAACAGGCGGUAUUGGCGAGGAAAGGACUGACGAAUCUGAACCUUGUGCCGAAACGCGCCAGGCAGCAGAGUGGUCAGCAAGGGCCGGGAGGAGGACAGGGACAGGGACUGAGGUUGCCGCCUGUGGGAGUUGUCACAGGGAUCGCUGGUAACGUCAGUCUUGUGCCGAAUAACAUGAGCGGGAGUAGCGGAGGAGCGGAUGUGAGGAAUACUCAAGCGCCAAAUGCUGCAGGAAGUAGGCCAGGGUCGGCUAUGAGCGGCGGCAGCGGCGGUAGUGGAGGGUCGUCUUCGCUUGCGAAUGCUUUGCAGGAUGCCGGUAGUCGGCCGGGGACCGCCCAGUCAGAAAACGACGGACACCACGGUGGUCGGCCGAGCGUGAAGAGGCUAGCAAGCCAGACGCUUCAGCCUGAAUAUAGCAAGAGGCCGCAACUCAGCCGCCCCACGCCGCCGACGUUCAAUGCUCCACCUCCGCUCUGGGGCCAAGGGCAACGACAAGAUCAGGAGAACGCGGUGGCCGACGGAGAUGGUGAGGACGGAGACAGACGGACAGUGAACAUCUCGGAGCGCAUGAGAAGAAUGAGCGCGCCGACUGUUGCUGGGUAUCCUUAAAUAUUGUCAUAUGGCUGGUUUUAAUGACUUAUUCGCGGCGUGGAUAUAGCCGACUUCCUGCUUCUUCUCUUCCCUCGUCUGCAUCGUAAGGAUGCGGGGGCGGGAUGAAUACCUCGAGGAUUUCGACGAUCCCUUUUCACGUGUAUGUGCUUUUCUUCCGCCUCCCUUAUGCUUUAAGCUUCGCCACUCGACUGCCCUGCGUUGCCUUGAUGCUUGACACGAACCUGUAUUACAAGCCCCCUUCUCCCAUCGGACGGCCCUUUCCCCAUAAAGAUUGAUACGAUCCUGUACAACAUGAUACGAAUGAUUGGAAUGAGUUAUGUAGUGUAGUGUACUCGACUAAUG